AUGGAUAUCAUUGCCAUAUAUUACUUGAUGUCCUUUUAAUGAAUCACUGCACACAGGGGCUUGUACCAUGUGCUUGUCAAACUAUAUUUUGUAUGAUGUACAUUUGGCAUUGAGUGUUUCCUUGACCAUACUGUAACAUGAAACUUGGCCUAAUAGCUAUCUACCCAGGUCAUUCCUCAAGGCAUUGCUCUGUGUGUGUGUGUGUGUGUGUGCCCCGACAUUCCGCAGACACUAGCUGCCAUUGUUCUAAAGUAGAGGCACACACUGCCUUCUCUAGGCAACCACUCCUCCCCUUUUUUCCGUGGAGAGGGGGAACGAGGGAAGGGAAUAAGGGAGCAACCCUGGUGGAAGCCAGCGCUGGGAGGAGAGAUAACGUUUCACGCUGGGCAUUCCUGUAAUCACUCAAGUACUCUAGACCCCCCACCCCCACACGCACGCACACACACACCUCCUUUACUUCUCUUUCUCUCUUUUAUAUUGUGGUUGACACCUUAACUCCUCCCUAGUUCAGCUGGGCGGGCACGUGUGUGUGGUGGAAGUAGAAAACCCAGGUGGCUCAUUUGCGUUCCACCUACGGAACUGCCGAGGAGGUUUUCAGGAAUAUGUUGGACUUGACUGGUUUAGAGCAACCGGAGAAUACAACCUGCUUUUAUGGCUCUUUGAGGAGUUUGUGAUACUUAUGUUCCGUCAAUACAGUGGCCCACGAACUUGGCCGGCUCGUACUGUAUGUUUUAGUCUGUGGUAUGCUAGACCAGUAUGAGCACCGUUGGUGGGACCAAAGACCGAUCCUGGGGUAUCCACCUUUGAGCGGGCAUGGAUGUAGCCACCCUCAGGAGCGUAUGGGCAGAGAAGACCCUCCAAAACAGAUUAAAUCGCAGGUUAACUCAAUGGUUUGGUGGACAUUCAGGCUCAGUCCUUUUCAAAUUUGUGGUGAAACCCUCCCAAGACUGGUUAGCCGAAUCCCCCCGCUUGUCCACCGCCUCCAUCAGCAGUAAUGAGCGGGCACCGUCGACCACGCCCUCCGACUGCCCGGACUUCCCCUCCGCCGGCCAGCGUCCCGUGAGCCUGGUCUCCACGCUCUCCUCGGGGUCCGGCUCAUCUAGGGACGACUGCCCCGCUGUCAUAGCUCCGGGCGGCGCAGCCCCGCCUACCGGAGAGGACAUAGACUUAGACCUGAGUCCCCCUGAAGGUACCGGGAACCAGGGUGAAAAAUACCUUGAUACAGGGGAUCCGACAGGGGAUGCACCAGCCUCUCAGGGUGUCUCCGAGAACAAUAAUAACAUCACCACACCCUCACGAGCCGCCAGUGGCCGUUUCCACCUGAACCCCUUGUCACCCUUUGCCGCCAAGACCAUGGCACCCAACCCACAGCUCACCUACGUCGACCGUGUGGUCAUGGAGAUCAUCGAGACGGAGCGCAUGUACGUGAGGGAUCUGCGCAUGAUCGUAGAGGACUAUCUGGGCCACAUUGUCGAUCAGGCAGACCUGCCCAUCAGACCUGAGCAGGUGUGCGCCCUCUUCGGAAACAUUGAAGACAUCUAUGAAUUCAACAGUGAACUUCUGCAGUCCCUGGACAUGUGUGACAACAAUCCGGUUGCCAUCGCCAGAUGCUUUGUGAUGAAGAGUGAUUACUUUGAAAUAUAUACACAAUACUGCACCAACUACCCAAACUCGGUGGCUGCUCUGACUGACUGCAUGAGGAACAAAUCCCUGGCCAAAUUCUUCCGUGAGCGGCAAGCCUCCCUGAAGCGCUCCCUUCCUUUGGGUUCCUACCUGCUCAAGCCCGUCCAGAGGAUCCUCAAAUACCACCUCCUGCUCCAGGAAAUAGCCAAGCACUUUGACCCAGAGGAGGAUGGCUAUGAGGUGGUCGAGGAGGCCAUCUACACCAUGACCGGCGUGGCCUGGUACAUCAAUGAUAUGAAGAGGAAGCACGAGCAUGCGGUCCGACUCCAGGAGGUCCAAUCUCUGUUGAUUAACUGGAAAGGGCCUGACCUGACCACGUACGGAGAACUGGUUCUGGAAGGUACCUUCAAGGUCCACAGGGCAAAAAACGAGCGCACACUGUUCCUCUUUGACAGAAUGCUCCUACUCACCAAGCGGCGAGGAGAACACUACGUCUACAAGACCCAUAUCUCAUGCUCCACUCUCAUGUUGAUUGAGAGUGCCAAGGACUCCCUUUGCUUCAGCGUUACCCACUACAAACAUCCCAAACAGCCUCACACAGUUCAGGCUAAGACUGUGGAAGAGAGGAAAUUAUGGGCCCAUCACAUUAAGAGGAUCAUUUUAGAGAACCACCACGCCAUCAUUCCUCAGAAGGCAAAAGAGGCCAUUUUGGAAAUGGACUCCAUAUACCCAUCAAAGUACCGUUACAGCCCAGAGAGAAUGAAGAAGGCCAUGUCCUACCAAUCAGAUGAGUUUCCGAAAGAAGGUCGCCCAGGGCGACGGCAAUCAGAACCAACCAAACAAAUCCUGAAGAACACCAAGGCCAUCCUGAAGCAUGCAGAUAGUGAGGGGGCCUUACCAGACGAGGCACAUUCCAUUCAAUCUGCUGCUAGUAUCAGCACCUUGGGCUCAAGCCUUGGUGAGUCUGAGGUCGAAAAGCCUUGUCUGGAAGAGGAUGAAGAAGAAGAGCAAAAUGACGUAGGCGGGAGGAAGAACUCUCUGGAGAGAGUCAGCCCCAUUGACGGCCAGGAGCGCAGAGCAGGGCCCCAGUCCUAUCAGGGCAGGUUGACCCUGGGGGAGGAAAGUGACUCGGACGAUAUACUCAUGGAGGAUGACCAGGUAGCCGACUUUGCCAGUUCCAUGCUGGCCGCCAUCUCCUGCUGGCACUAUAGAGCGAGGGCUUUGCUUUCCAUGGGGGUCACAACGGAUGAGGAGGGAUGUAAUGUUAUUGAAGAAAACCAGUGUAGCAGAGAAAACAUAUCUGGUCAGGACAAGUGUGGGAAAGACACUGUGCAUCAGACUCCCUCAGACGAGAUGUCCCAGAGCAAGGUCUCUGGUUUUGAGACCGAUGAAAGGCUUGAACCAGCUCCCUCUUUACGUUCAGAGAAUGCUCCAUCUAGCACUCCAAACGUCUGUAGCUCUCCUCCUGGGACGGCUAAAGCGCCUGAGCCUGUAGAACACAAGGUGAACACCAUGGAGGGACAGAUGUUAGCCUCGCAAGACUCCGAUGGGAGGACGUUGAGCAGUGGAGAAUCUACAGAUGAAGAGGAGGAAGAGGCGGCGGCCGCAAAGGAGAGCGAAGCCAGCAGCAUCCUCCCGUCUUCUGUCCUGGAUAAAGCCAGCGCAAUCGCUGAGCACUUCAACAACAGCAUCAAGCGAGGUAGCGUGGUCACAGAUGAUGUCCGCUCUCUUGGCUGCCCCUCCCCUCGCUUGCCCAGUAGGACUGGAAGCACCAUUAGUCUUGGUGGUGAGACCACUGAGAGGCCACACAGAAUCAACAGCACUUGCUCUGAGCCACAAGAAAACUUUGGAAACGAUCUAACGAUGCUCUCACCGAGGGACGACGGCCUGUUUGAAACCGACAGAGGUCUCCACCGAAGGAGGAACUCCACCCUUUCCAAGCAGGAUCAACUGCUUCUUGGCAAAAUCAAGAAUUAUUAUGAACAUGCGGAGCACCAGGAUGCUGGCUUCAGUCUGAAACGCAGAGAGAGUCUGACCUACAUCCCUACUGGCCUCGUCAGGAGUUCUGUCAGCAGAUUCAACAGCAUCCCGACAGACGAAACCUCUGCAGCAGAGAAGAGUGACAACCAAGCCAGUGGCUCUGCCCCAAUCACUUUCUCCGUUUUGGAAUAUGCCACUACAGACGCGGACUCAUCAACCGCUGCAGAGAACUGGAACCGCAUGGUUUCUAGUCCGUCCUUUGACAGUCUGGAGCUUGAGAGAGGUAAAGAACUGGAGGCUUCGGGUUCAGAUGCCGACUUGCGCAGCCUGAAGAUGAGAUCUCACAGCUUGCAGGACAAGCCCAUUCAGGAUGAGGAGUUCCGUCCCUCCUCGGAGAUGAUCAAGGUUUGGCAAAAUAUGGAAAGAGAGGUCACUAGGUCUCAUGGGGAGGCUCGAACCCAUGUGAAACCAAAAGAGGUCCAAAAAAGCACCAGGGGAGCCAGUCCAACUCUCUGUAGAAGGAGCCAAAGUCCCAUCAGGAACUCUCUGGGAACAGAGAAUGCAGAGUCCCUCGCAAUCUUGGAAGAGUCUGACCUGAGCACCAUCACAGAAGAGUCUAUGAGCCCUUCACCUGUCAAGCCCAGGGGAAUUGGGGUUGGUCGUACAGCGAAUCUGAUGGAGGUCCUAAAACCCUUGCAUGAUGAAAGAAGACUUAUCAGGGCACCUGUUCCCAGAGUCAUCCAGCUUAGGGCAGAGACAGAGGGCAAUCCUGUAGGGGAGGAGCCUCAAUCGGAAGACGAUUUGGCCAAGAACAAAGUGUUGAGUCUGGCCCGUCAGUACAGCCAACGCCUCAAGACUACCAAACCAAUGGUCAGGCAACGAAGCCUGGAAAUGCUGCAGUGCAAGAAGAACUUGUUUAGCGUGUUGGAGGAAAACCCAGAAAAGGAGAGCACAGGUAAACCAAACUUGAUGCUGUCCCUGGCCCCAUGUUAUCAAGUACCUCCAAAAGAUGUAAGUCCUUUGGAGCAGGCCCGGUCUCCAAGCCCUUCUCACACCCCAAGUUCUUUGGGUAGUCCACGUGUCCCGUCUCCCAGCCGAAUACGAUCAAAGAGCCCACUAAGCCCUCAGCCGAUGGAGGCCUUCAACUGGCCUGACGUGCGAGAGCUUCGCUCCAAGUACGCUAGCGACCAGUCUCAACUGCCACCUGUGGGCCGAAGCCGGUCAGUACCUGAAAAGAUGCUAGACUGUGGCGCAAGGCGACGUUCAAGUUGCUAUUCAAGCUUUUACGCUUCAGGUGGGCCCGCUGAGGUUCAGUCUUACAGGUCUCACCCCAGCAGGGACCCUGGCCCUGGAGACGGGUGCACAAGGCUUCAUCGGGCUGGUUCCCUUGACCACAGAUUGAAUGGGCUUUAUAUGAGCAAAAUGGUGAAUCUUCAGGAAAAUAUCUCUAAUGGAGAUUAUUAUGUCUCUGCACGGGAUACUCUGCCCACUGACCCCAACCAUAAGGUUAUUGUUGUGGAAAGGGUUCCAGAAGAGUCUGAAACAAGCUCCUUAGAACCUGUGGAGAUGCCUCUUCAGGCCAAGAAUGAGGAAGUUGAUGACAGUUAUGUCCAGAUCCGUUCUCCAACCACUAGAGAGAAGAUUUCCAUAAUGGCUGUCAUUGACCGCUGCAGAGCCUAUCAGGAGUCAGAUGAAUAUCGACAAAGGGAGGAAGGGGGGGCUAAAGAAGAUUCAGUCAGUCAGAGUGGGAAGGGCAAAGAGCAUGAAAAGGGUCCUCUCUCGAAUGAGCAACUUCAGAACACGCAUAAAACUGUUUCACACUCUGCCAAAAAGACAGAUGCAAGUCAGCAGAGCAUGGUGAAAAACUUGCGAGAGAAAUUUCUCAACCUGAGGUGAGCAGUACAAGAGAACAUUUUAAUGUCACUUCUUACUUGAUUUCCCUUUUUAUUUCAUGAAAACAUUGUUAAAGCAAAUGUUGCUUGUCAACCACUGUUGUUCCUUGGCCCGGAAGCCAUAUUCUGUAUUUUAACAAGCAUAAACUGUACAUCUUAAGAAACCUUUUUUUUUUUUUUUUUUUUUAAACAAUACCAAAAAAUUAUGUUGUAAUGUGUCAAGAUUCUAGUUUCCAAAGAUUUUCUAACUGUUGUGAUCCUAUGAUCACAUGUGUUUGCUGAAGAAAGAUGCUUAUAUUGUAUUUGGUGAAUAUUUUGGCCAGUCUGCAAAUAAAUAGUUGUGCUAAAUUGUGUGCUGUCAAGUUCUGAGACAGUAAAAAUUACUUUUGUGGACACAUGUAGAGUAUUGUAAAAUGUGUAAAUAUUUAUGUCCAAAGCUCAAACAUUCCUUUCAGAUUGAAUCACUUUAUAGUAGGUUGUGUUUCAACACAGUAUUUCAAUUACAUUGCACAAUUGGACAGGAUGCAAAACGUUUUGUGGCGACAUGAAAUUAAACCAUUCAUCUUAUCUUGAUGCACUGGAUAAAACAAGAUUGCCUGUACUUGUAAAGAAAACCUAAUGAUUUGGUCUGAGCCAUUUAUGUAUUUACCAUUUUAGAAACCGAAUUUUUUAGAAUCACUAUGAAUGAUGAUAUUGUUCAAACUGCCUGAGGGUUUCUUGGAUCUAAAACUUAAGUAUAUAUUGCCACAAACUGGCUGCCACCAGAUGUAGCUCUUUAGUAGGACCCUUACAAUUGACUGCACUAUACUUUCACCGCACAUGGAUUGACCACUAAAAAUACUCAUUGGAUUAUUGGGUCUGAAAAAUAUUCAAUUUGUAAAUGAAUCCCCAUAGUUUGACCUAGUAGCAAAAAUCACAGAUGGUGUUCACUAUUCAUAAUAAUCAUCAUGGUUUGUAUGACAUACAUAAUAGAAAAUGUACAGUGUCGCUCCUCCCAAGUCCCUUGAUGCUUCAGUGAGUCCCAUACUGUAUGUUGAUUGUGCAAUUGAUUAAAUGGCUAAUAAUGUUGAUGUUACACCGACUCACGAGACCCUUGCCAAGGGAGCUACGCUUUCACAAGCCACCAUCUACUGCUACUGUCAUUACUAUGAGGAUCUAUCCUUACAUUUACCCUGUUCAUUUACCUCUUAUUUAUUAAGCUGGUGUAAAUUUCACAUACAUCCACUGUUUGUCUUUCUAUAUCUGUUAAGCUGUGUUGUUUCUUCAGGCUUGCUGUACAGAAAUGUUUACGUUGCCCAGAAUGGGCAUACAUUCCAUAUUAAAAACAACACAUAGUGCUAA